CCGAACAGAGCAUUAAUGAAUUUUCAAAUCUCUCCCAACCAAACAGAGCAUUAAUGAAUUUUCCGGGCUACUACCCCAACCGUCUCACAGCCGCCACAGCCUUUGCUCUCCUUCCGAAGCUCCAUCGAUUUCUUUCUUUCUUCUUCUUCUUCCACAAAUUUCAUUAUCAGCAAAAAAAAGUUUCCAAAUGACCCAAAUUUGAGUAUGCCUCGCAGACUAGAUUCGAUUCACGCCAUAGAGUCCUGCACAUUCCACCUCCACAGUUGGAGACCAUUUCACCUCCCAACAACAACAACAACAACAACCCUAGACUCCGAUUCAACCACCUAUACUUCAACCACCUAUACUUCGAAACCCUACUUCUCUACCACCCCUAAGAGGCCUUGUCUCUCCGAUCGACCAACUUCCUUCCCGAUCGACUCUAUCGACAUGUCCAGGCUGACUUUGUUUGAUGAUGAUCGAUCCAAUAACCGAAAAACCCUCCACUGGAUCGUCCGGAAGCGGCGGCGGCGAAAUGGGUCGCGGUCGGUGUCCGGGCGGAGCAGUGAUCGAAGUGGCACUCGCCGGAGGUCUUCGGCUGCUUAUGCUACUUGUUCGGAUUUUCCGGUUGCGGCGGGGACGGAUUCGAGUGGGGAGUUGUUUUUGAAUGGGGAUGCGAAUUGGGCGUCGGAUGUGAGCGACGUAACGAAGAAUUCGAGGAGGGAGAGGGAGGGUGGAGAGAAUUUGAGUAGUGGGUUUGGGCAAAGUGGGAAUUUUGAUUUUUUGGGGAAUGAAUCUGGGUAUGGGAGUGAACCGGGGUAUCGAGGCGAUGCAGAAUUCGGAUAUGGUGAUGAGUUUGAUGAAGAAGAGGAUGAUCAUCGAGUGCUGUUUUGGGGCGAAAAAAUCGAAGGUACAGAUUCUAAUACGGAGAUGGCUGGUGAGAAGACACUGCAAAAGGCCCAUCAUAGAUGCCGGCGUAAGAAACAUGAUGUGAGAAUGGUUGAUCCACUGCGGUGAAAGACUGUUGACAAACAAACAUACAUGUCAUGAUUUCAACUUCUUUUCUCAGCUUCCACCAUGAAAGAAAUUUUCAUUCCUGACUCCGCUGCUGUCAUAUAUUGCUGUAAUUAGAUAUACCAAAACUGUUGUGCAGCACCUUUGUUCAGUUCUUGAGCAAUCUUUUCUGGGUCAGCAGUGUCUAGAUCUGGCAUCUUUGCCUCUUCUUGCUUGUAGUGAUUGUUAAAAUGAUGAUUGAGAAAGUGUAAUACCUAAUUUGAAGUUUGUCAAUAAGCUCAAUUUUGAGAUCCAACACCCUUGUUUAGCAACUUUUUUAUUUUAUUUUUUUUGCUGUAUAUUGUCGGGUGGAAAUGUGUCUGAAUGAAGAAUAUCUAGAUAUGAAAAGCUUGUUUUUGGAUUGCA